AUGAUGUACAAGAGUAAGCUGCAGGAGCUGUGCCAUGAAAAGAAGUGGGGUUUGCCAAGAUACACUGCAAUAAAAGAUGGACCAGAUCACAAUCCUUGCUUCAAGGCUUGUGUCUCAGUGAAUGGCUUCUCCUUUGACUCACCUGUUGCCUGUAAAUCUUCCAAGCAAGCCCAAAACCAAGCCGCCAUGGUCGCUUUUCUUCACUUCACCUCUCCACCUUCUUCACCAGUGGAUGAGCAUUGCACCUUGGAGAGCCCAAAGUUCAUUGACAGUACUUUAAAGGAGGCUGAGAAUGCUGCAUUGGACGCUGCUUCUAUGUUGAUUUCAUUGCCAGACUUGUUUCAGGAUGAAGAACCUGGUCGUCUUUACAAGAAUCUCUUGCAGGAGUUAGCUCAGGGAGAAGGUUUUACAAUGCCAAUAUAUACCACUGUGAACUCCGGUGCAUCUCACAUGCCAACAUUCUCUUCCACUGUGGAUGUAGAAGGAGAGAAAUUCUGCGGACAUGUGGGGAAAUCCAAAAAGCAGGCAGAGUUGAGUGCUGCAAAGACUGCUUACACUGUGUUAAAAGAGCGUGCUCUUAAAGCCACUCGAAGCGCUAACUGGAGACCGACUGCUACCGGGAACAAGGAAUGCGCUAAAGACACUAAAGGAAUAGAUGAAGGUCAAGAAUCUAAUAAUAUAUCAGACAACAUGAAUCUCGGAGCUGUGUCUUGUUAUGCACCUGAUGCUUUGGUACUGGAAAUGGAUAAGUUAAACCAAACCGGAAAAGUUUCCUCAUGCUCGGAACCAGUGCUCUCUUCAACUGAAGAAUGCCCUCUCUCUCCAGCAUUUACCCAUGAUGAUGAUCUUUCGGCUGUCUCUACUGAAGAUAAAAAUGAAGGCAAUAUGACGGGAUCAAAGAGUUACUUGCUGUGCAACAGGUUUAGAGUCUAUACACAGUUUCCAGAUAUUGCAUUCCCUAGGUGCAUAACUGUGCUGCCCAUAAGUGAUGACAAAUGGGUGGCUGUAAGGUUAGAGUUCUCAAAUGGCAAUUAG